AUGUUCGCGCUCGUUCGUUUCGUUUUCCUCCUCCUCGUCGUCGCGGGGGGUGUUGUUCUUUACUCUGCGAGCGCGAGGAGGAAAAAGAGGGAGAGUUUUUCCUCCAAAUCGGUGUUGUGGGAUUUGAUCGUGAAGUGCGACGAUAUUUGUUUCACGCAUAUUUUACCGAGAUUGAAUCGAACGGAUCUCAAAUUCUUGUACGAGGUGAAUGCGGAGACGAGAAAGUUGGUGAAGAGAUCGUCUCGUGCGGGUGAUUUAAAAAAGAAGUUCAAAACAGCAGAGAUGUCAUCGAUAUCGACUUUGGAAGUUGCGUGGGAGCAUAAAUCGUUGUGGCCGAGACACUGGGACGAAACAUAUUUCUGCUCUCGAGUUGCUAAAACGAAUAAACUCGAGUUGCUCAAGUGGGCGCGAGAGGAGAAAAAGUGUCAUUGGGAUGAAAGGACGAUUAAUACGGCCGCACGUCAAGGUAAUCUGGAAAUGGUCAAGUAUUGCGUGGCAAAGAAGUGUCCCAUCGAUGCGUGGGCGUGUGCAAGUGCUGCUGCAAAAGGUCAACUCGAGUGCCUCAAAUACUUACGCGAAGAAGUCAAAGCGCCUUGGGCUUGGGGUACUGCCGCUUGGGCGGCUGAAAAUGGUCAUCUCCACGUACUCGAAUAUCUUGUCGAGCGUAAAUUUGAGCACUUUGACCGUUGGGCGUAUCGGUGUGCGGCCAAGCCCGGCCAAUUGGACUGUUUGCAGUACUUACACGAAACCGCCAAAGCGCCUUGGGACUCCGAGGCCGUACGAAUAGCGCACGAGAACAAACAAACCGAGUGUUUACAAUACCUCCUCGACAACAACUGUCCAUUACCACCUGGUUGGCGAUACGAACGCGGCAAGUUACACAGUUCAUAA